UAUUUGGAAGAAUAAAGAUGAAAGAUAUUAAAAAUGAUUAUAGGGUUUGUAAUUACUAUUGUGAUUAGUCAGUUUUAUGUUAUUGAUAUGUACCUUCUGGGUCUCACCAGCGCUUCAAGGCUCGAUUGUGCUUCCCCCGCCUCGCCGAGUGCUUCCUUUCCCACCUUCAGGCAGUCAGCCUCACACUACCAAAAACAUAGCCUGUGGAUGGCUUCCGUUUGUCCUUCCUAUUCCUCGAUUUGCGUCCUUCCUCUCUACGAUCGUUUACAAAUCCCCUGCAUUUAUUGUUCUAUGCGAUUGACCCACUGCCCAUGGAUUUCUCGCCUGUGGUACCUAAUGCCAAUACUUGUCUGCAACUUCCCGUAUCAGCUGCUGUACGUACUCUUUCUAACAUUACUCUUAC